AUGAGGCUCGGGCUCUUUGUGGGGUGUGUGUUCCUAGGGCUCGCAACGCUGUGCUCAGCAUCAAGUGUUGUGGCGCCCAAGGUGCUUGUGAUUACAAUGUUUGAGCCAGAGCGUGAGGCAUGGCUCAGCAAGAUGCCACUUACGAGGAACAUUACCGUCGGUGGUCUGAGCCCCCUGUACCCCCAUGUCUCGUGUGAUCACGACGCAGAAGUGUGCCUCAUCACAACGGGUGAGGGUGAAAUCAAUGCUGCAUCCACUGUCUCGGCGCUCAUGUCCUCGAUCCGUUUUGAUUUGCGCUCGACGUACAUACUCGUGAAUGGCAUUGCCGGCGUGAAUCCAGACGUGGCUACCAUGGGCAGUGUUGGCUUUGCACGCUUUGCCGUGCAAGUGGGUCUGCAGUACAGCAUUGACGCAAGAGAGGCACCCAAGGACUGGAACUACACAUUUUGGAACUAUGGCACGUCUAAGCCGGGUCAGUACCCGCAAGUGCUCUACGGUACCGAGGUGUUUGAGAUCAAUACGCACUUACGAGACAGGGUCUUCGAGCUUGUUAAGCAUCUUCGACUUAAGGACAAUGCGUCUGUAAAGAAGCAACGCGCUACAUACCCGCAAGUCAAGGCGAAGGCGCCGCCCGUCGUGUUCCAGGGCGACAUUACGACCAGCGACAUGUACUUUACGGGAAAAACUUUCGGACAUAUGGCCAGCAACCUUACGUCGGUCCUAACGAACGGCACUGGUACGUAUGCACUGACCGCGCAGGAAGACAAUGCCGUGCUGGAGGUGCUCGUGCGUGCACACAAGGCCAAGUCAGCAGACUAUGGCCGUGUCAUUCUAUUUCGUGCCGCGAGCAACUUUGAUCGCGCCCCACCUCACCAGGACGACCUGACGCAUUUCUUGCAUGUCAGCACGCAAACUGAGCUGAUCAAGCCUGCGUUAGCCAACCUGUUUGUGGUAGGUGAGCCGAUCGUAAAGGCUAUCACGGGAAAUUGGACGCAGUGGAAAGACGGCGUCCAACACCCAUGUAGCCCGUCGUACGGCGACGUUUUCGGUACCAUCCUAUAG